UCUCCUGCAGUUCCUGGUUGCUUCCCUCCUCCGUGGCUGGGGCGGCGCCGAUGGCUCAGCCUGUCAGGCCGCGUCAGAACGUUCCUCCUCUUGAGGGAAGAUCUGCUUCCUGCUUCCUGUUAAUAUGUAACAGAGAGAUCCGUCUUAUCAGGGUCAGCUUUGCACACAGAGGCAGUUAAAAAAGGGAGUUUCUCCAGAGACUGGAGGCAGUUUUUCCCUUUUGGAGAACAUCUGAACUGGAACGGUUAUAAAUGUGAUCUCCUCUGAAACAUGCAGACAGUUUCUGCUGCUAGAUGGAGGAAAUCUGUACAAAAACAAAGCAGUCGGCAUCUUUGAGUCAAAGGUAGCUCCAGUUUACUGUAAUGACAUUCUAGUUAGAAUCCAUGUUCUGCAGUUUGUUCUCCUUAAUGAAAGUUCUGAGCGGGUCCUCAGAUCCAGACUUUAUUUUAGAAGAAUUCAUUUAUUCAUCUGCAAGCUGAGGUUCCUGUUGGUGCAGCAGAACAUGUGCAGCAAAGCCUGCAGAAUCUGCAGAACCUUCAGUUCAGUCCUGAUCCAAUGCUGGAACGUUGGCAGAACUAACAGGAGAAAAAAGUCUGUUUUUGCUUUUUCCUCCUGCAUCAGCACCAGAAACGCCUCCCUCUUACACCCCCCCCCCCCCAUCACUCCAGACAGGCUGUUUCUAUGGCAACAGCCAAAUCUGCUCCAGUCUGCGUCCGUCUCUCUGCUGGUUUUCUGGCCUUUUUUGUUUCUGCAUCUCCUUUUCUGCUCCCUAGUAGUUUAGUUUUCCCUUUUCCUUCAUCCUUCAUCGUUUCUUCUCCACCGGAGCCCCCCUCUUGUGCCCCCCCUGUUCACUGCACAGCAUAGAGAGCGUAGAGAAAGGAGGGAGAGGAAGUGUGAGACUCUGGGUGGGGGGGGUCGGCUUUAGACAUAUGCAGCGUCAGAUGCUGGGCUCAGCAGCGCAGUCAGGAUCAGAGGUGGGAGGAGCUCCGGCUUUCUGAGGCGGCUCGGCGGACGGCGUCCGGACCGCUGACGGGCAGAUCGUCUGGAACCAUGGAUCCUUUAGGAGCUGCUCCGUUGCUCCCACUCCUCCUCUGAGCUCCACACCUCCCUCUCCUCUCCUUUGCUCCUCUUCAUCCUCUUCCUGACCCGCCCCCCCCAGCAUGGCUGGGCAGAAGGGGCCCCACAAGCGCAGCUCCAUGGACAUCAAGCGCCUGGCGAGCCUCAUCCAAAGAGGAACCGUCCGUUUGCUGGUGAUUGACAGCCGGACCUUCUCCGAGUUCAACGCGUCGCACGUUCAGGGCGCCGUCAACGUCUGCUGCUCCAAGCUGGUGAAGAGGCGCCUGCAGCAGGACAAGGUGUCCGUCACCGAGCUGCUGCAGCCCAACGGCAAGGUGAAGGUGGAGCUGGGCAGGAAGCAGGAAGUGGUGGUUUACGACCAGAGCUCCAAAGAAGCGGGUCACCUGUCCAAAGAUGGAUUUUUGCACAUUCUCAUGGGAAAGCUGGAGGGAACCUUCCACAAAGUCUCCUUACUCACAGGAGGGUUUGCGGCCUUCUCGUCCUGCUUCCCCGGCCUGUGUGAGGGGAAACCCGCCCCCGCCUUACCCAUGAGCCUGUCCCAGCCCUGCUUACCUGUGGCCAAUGUGGGACCCACCCGCAUCCUGCCACACCUCUACCUGGGCUCCCAAAAGGAUGUACUCAACAAGGAUCUGAUGGCGCAGAACGGAAUCACCUUUGUUCUGAACGCCAGCAACACCUGUCCCAAGCCGGACUUCAUCAGCGAGAGCCACUUCAUGCGCAUCCCGGUGAACGACAACUACUGCGAGAAGCUGCUGCCGUGGCUGGACAAGACCAACGAGUUCAUCGAAAAAGCCAAAGUUUCAAACUGCCGAGUCAUCGUUCACUGUCUGGCGGGAAUCUCGCGCUCAGCGACCAUCGCCAUCGCGUACAUCAUGAAGACGAUGGGCCUGUCGUCAGACGAUGCCUACAGGUUCGUGAAGGACAGACGGCCGUCCAUUUCCCCCAACUUCAACUUCCUGGGCCAGCUGCUGGAGUUCGAGAAGGGCCUCCGGUUCCUCCAGGCGCUGACCGCUGAGGACAAGGCGGCCGAGAGCCGCCACGGCUCGGAGGUCAAGGGGGGGCCCGCCGGCACGGAGGUCAACGGUCAUCACAGCACCUGCGACACGUUGGGGGCGGAGCCUCACAUGCGGCCAGAGGCCAAGCUGCCGUCCCCCGCCUCCCUGCAGCAGGGCUUCAACGGCCUGCACCUGUCGGCGGAGAGGAUCAUGGACACCAACCGGCUGAAGCGCUCCUUCUCCCUGGACAUCAAGUCCGUGUACUCCCCCAGCCGGGGCCCCGCCCCCAGCCACUCGGAGGACGUCCCCAAGCUCUGCAAGCUGGACAGCCCGGGAGCGGCCAGCGACGUGUGCUCGCAGUCCCCCGUCCCCGACAGCCCCGGCUCCUGCGACUCCCCCUUCCCCUCGCCAGGUUUGGGCGUCAGCGGGAGUGAAGGAGUCCACCGGUCCGGGACCACCUCAUCCAGACCUAGAAGGAGAAACAAGCACAGCGGUUCUCCGGCCCACUCACCUCCCACGCCCCCCCCUCAGUCCCUGAGCUUGCUGCUGGAGCACGGCCCCCCCGGCAGGGAGGAGACCCUGAAGGGUACGCUGCUCCUGGCUUUGCCCUCCCUCCCCACGCUGGGCUCCGGCGCCAUGUGGACCAAACACAGAGACACGGUCCAGGCCACCACCCCCGUGACUCCGGUCACCCCCACCACUGACGCCCCCUGGCACUUUGGAGCAGAGGAGGCCGGGGGCCGAGACAUGGAGCUGGGGGAGGGGACAGGAGACGAUGCGGCGCUGAGGUUCGGCAGCAGUUCUACGUAUGUGGCGUUCGGAUGCAGCGAAAGCGCGCGCCUCCGAGACAAGCCGGCGGCGGCGCGGGACCACCGGGACGUGCAGCCCGUAGCUGGCGGCGGCUCCGACAAGCAGUUCAAGCGGCGCAGCUGCCAGAUGGAGUUCGAGGAGAGCAUCUCUGAGAGUCGGUCCAGAGACGAGCUGGGGAAGAUCGGGAAGCAGUCCAGCUUCUCCGGGAGCAUGGAGAUCAUCGAGGUGUCCUGACACGCGGUCCACGCCGUCCGCCGGGGACACAGGCGCAACGUGUAGGGCGUGGAGAGCCCCUCCCCACAGACAGUUAGAGACCGCGGCUGGGGGAAGACGGGGGCUCAGAUGACCCCGCCCCCUGGACUCAUACAUGAAGAAGAGGGCGGGGUGAUGCCGUCUCCCGGGAUGACCCCUUUGUUGAUUUGCUCUGACCCCCCCCCCUCCUACCCAGGUACAAGUCCUGUGGCGUCUUGGACGUAAAAAGCCCCCCCUGUUUAGACAGACUGCUUGGUCAGUGUUGUGUACGGCCUGUGCCCCCCCCCAGAGUGUAACCUCUGUGUCAGAGAGCCUCAUAAAUGUGCACAGCAUGGUCUGCUGCCCCCCCCCCCACACGGAGCCUCUUUGGACUUGUGACCGGAAGACCCCCCCUCCCCCCGUGGUCGGCAUGAACAUUUUAACGUUUAAUUUAUUGUUUGUUCAUUCUGGAAAUGAGAAAUAAUAUAAAGUUUGUGGAGUUUUCCUUUUUCAUUCUGAUUAUUAUUAUUUGCUGUAUUUAUGAACACACACUCCUCCAGAGACACACACACCACAAUGACACCUGUGCUGUUCCUUCUUUGAGGGGGGGUUGAAUUUUCAUAUGCACUUUUCCGAAACAGCUGAAAGACCCCCCCCCCCAGAUAGCCAUCUGAGUGUCAUCAGCCUCCCCCCUCCCCACUUUCAUCCUAUGCUCAUUCUCAGGGGGACUUUCUGUGAGCCCCCCCCUCCAGGGGCCACAGCUGCAGGUUCUUCAGCACAAUGCAUGUCCAUACCCCCCCCACCUUCUCCUUCCUGUCCCCCUCUUAGCCCCUCCCCCCUCUGUGUUUGACAUUGGUCAGAUUAUUUAGGAUGUGGCGUCCGUAUCUUCUCUGUAAACGGCGGUGCAUCUUCAAACACGGACGGGUUUUUCAAAAUAAAAGUCCUGACCUUUUAGGCUGCUUGAUGCACAAAUACCUCAUUCUUUUGAAAGACCCCCCCCCCCCCCCGUACAUGUUUU